CAGUGGUCAAUGAAGUAUCUUCGGGUCGAGACAUGAUGGCCCAUCAGAUAGCCGAGCUGACGGAGCAAAUGAGGCUGAUGAAUGCUCAGACAAUGCAGCCAGUCCAGACCAUGACAGUGGAUACAUGCGUGGCGUGUGGAGCCCAAGGGCACCAGUCAGAGGUGUGCCCAUCAGCUUUCGACCAGGAGGUGGGAGAACAAUAUGCAGAUGUCAACGCCCUCCAAGAGUAUCAGAACCGGCAGCCCAACGACCCCUUCUCCAACACUUACAAUCCAGGGUGGAGAAACCACCCACACUUCUCGUGGUCCAACAACAACAACACCCUCCAGCCACCUCGUCCAAACUUCAACCAACAACAGCCUCGUCCCAACCUCAUGCAGCAGCAAUCCCAUCCCAAUUUCAUCCCUCGCCUGAACUACCAACAACAACAGCAACCUCAACAGCCAACCCAAGGGUCCGGUUCAAGCUCGUCUAACCAAGAUGACAAGCUGGACAAGAUCCUUCAGUUUAUCACCAACCAGGACUCAUCCAUUAAGCGUCUCGAGACGCAAGUGGGUCAGCUCGCCACAAGAGUCGGGAACAUGGAGGCUGAGUCCGACAAAGGGAAACUUCCGAGCCAGCCCGAGCAAGCCAAAGCAAUAACUGUGUUGAGGAGCGGUAAGGAAGUGGACAACAAAGUGAAAAUGCCCGAGCCCGAUGUCCCAAGAACAACCGACCAGCCCAAAGAAACCGAGGAGAGUACGAAGACCACAAAAACCGACUCAGAAGAUCCAACAGAGAGUCCUUUGCUUCACAAAUCACCAAACCCUUACAAGCCACGCAUCCCUUUUCCGAGUAGACUCCGUGACGAGAAGCAAGAGCAACAAUUCCGAGACCUUUACAAUAUGCUCUCGAAGGUCAAUGUAAACUUUCCUCUCCUAGAGGUGAUCAAGAGUAUGCCAUCGUACGUUAAGUUCUUUAAAGUUUUGGUCACAAAAAAGAGGAAGUUCGGAGACGGGGAGAAGGUGAUAGUCUAUGAGGCGGCAAGUGCCAUGCAGCACGAUCUUCCAAAGAAGGAACGAGACCUUGGAGGCUUCAUGAUAAAGAUUGCUCUUGGGAAUGGAAAAGAAGCUUCAGGAAUGCUCGACCUACGAGCGGGAAUCAACUUAAUGCCGUUUUCUAUCUUCCAGCGGCUCGGUUUAGGAGAUUUGAGACCCACUCGUAUGUGUCUUCAGCUUGCUGACCGUUUGAUUAGAUACCCCAAGGGGGUAGUUGAGGAUGUUCUUGUUCGCGUGGGAAAGCUUAUCGUCCCGGUGGACUUUGUAGUGCUCGAUGUGGGGGACGUUCAUGAGAACGGGAAUGACCAUACCAUCCUUCUCGGCAGGCCAUUUAUGGCCACCACCAACACCCUCAUUGAU